AUGGCAUCGCGUCAACAGCGACUGGCGUUAGUAUUGUUGUCUGCGUUCCUGCUAGUCGGAAUUUGCUCUGCUGCCGACCCUGUUCGGCAGUUCAAUUGGGAAGUCUCUUAUAUCACGUUGUCUCCUCUCGGUGUUCCCCAACAGGUGAUAGCUAUCAACGGUCAGUUCCCCGGACCGUUACUGGAGGUAACGACUAACUGGAAUGCAGUUGUCAAUGUCACAAAUAAUCUGGAUGAGGAUUUACUCUUCACUUGGAAUGGGAUCCAAUUGAGAAGAAACUCAUGGCAAGAUGGAGUUUUGGGAACCAACUGCCCAAUUCCAAAGGGUCAGAACUGGACUUACGACUUCCAGGUUAAGGAUCAAAUUGGGAGUUUCUUCUACUUCCCAUCUCUGAAUCUGCAGAGAGCUGCUGGAGGCUAUGGAGGUAUUAUCGUUGACAACAGGAGCGUCGUCCCUCUGCCAUUCCCGUUGCCAGAUGGCGGUGACAUUACAGUUUUUAUUGGGGACUGGUUCAAUAAGAAUCACAGGGAUUUGAAGGGCGCGCUUGAUCAGGGAAAAGAGCUUGGAACUCCUGAUGGCGUGCUGAUUAAUGGAAGAGGACCUUAUAGAUACAACAACACAAUUGUUCCUCUUGGGAUUGAGUAUGAAACCAUUAAUGUUGAGCCUGGCAAAACAUAUCGGUUCCGCGUACACAAUGUGGGAACUUUUACGAGCCUAAACUUCAGAAUCCAGUCCCAUAGCCUUCUUCUAGUGGAAACAGAGGGCUCCUACACAGUGCAACAGAACUACACAGACUUCGACAUUCAUGUAGGCCAGUCCUAUUCUUUCCUCAUCUCAAUGGAUCAAGACCCAAGCAACGAUUACUACAUUGUUGCCAGCUCUCGCUUCAUGAAUGGAUCUCUUUGGAGCAGAGUCACAGGCGUCGCUGUUCUGCAUUAUUCCUCCUCAAAAAAUAAACCCAACGGUUCUCUUCCUGACCCUCCCAAUGAUCUUUUCUUCAAAGAGUACUCUAUGAAUCAAGCAAGAUCUGUCAGGUGGAAUUUAUCUGCAAGUGCAGCGAGGCCUAAUCCUCAAGGCUCAUUCAAGAUUGACACUAUCAAUAUCAGUGAAACUUAUGUGCUGAGAAAUGAAGCACCGAUUUUUAUCAAUGGAAAACUCCGAGCUGCAAUCAAUGGCAUCUCUUACAGCUCUCCUGAUACACCUUUAAGGCUUGCAGACUACUACACAAAUGUUACAGGCGUUUACAAGCUAGAUUUCCCUGUGAUGCCUCGCCCAGGGGCGCCAAGAAUAGCAGCGUCAGUGAUCAAUUCCACAUACAGAGAUUUUGUUGAGGUUGUGUUUCAGAAUAAUGAUGAUAAACUUCAGACUUAUCACAUGGAUGGAUACUCAUUUUUUGUUGUCGGGUUUGCCUAUGGAGAAUGGAGUAACGCUAGUAGAAAUUCUUAUAACAAAUGGGAUGCGGUUGCGCGCAGCACAAUACAGGUGUACCCAGGAGCAUGGACUGCGGUCCUUGUAAUGUUAGACAAUGUUGGAAUUUGGAACCUUCGUGCAGGUUCAUUAGACAGGUGGUACCUUGGUCAGGAAACCUAUUUAAGGAUAGUAAAUCCUGAGCCUAAUAACAGAACUGAGCUACCUAUUCCCAGCAAUGUUCUUUACUGUGGCAAAGCUUACUGGCCGAAGAAUGGAACUGAUCAUGUCUCAGGAAGUUCACUUCUGCCUUCUCAUCUCUGUUCAGUGGUGGCAAUGCUUUCUGUUCUGCUGAGUUGCCAAAGAUUUUCGAACCCAAGCCGCUUCGUCGCGCCAUCACUGCUCGGGUCCAUUUCUUCGCGCCUGAAUGUUUUCGUCUGCCCCUCCUCGUCAGCAAAGGGAGUCGCCACCGGCGUCCUUAUCGCCGAAGCCCCACCCGAGCUCCCCUGUAGGCAACCAUCUCCUUUUCUCUCGGCCAGCUACGAGCACAACCCUCCUUUUCUCGCCGGCUCUUCCGGCCUCCUUACACGUCGGCAUGGAGUUCUCACCGACCCCGGCUCCUUCCUAUGCAUAGCUCCGAACGUCGCACCUCCUUUUGGACUUCAUGACCGCAACACCUUUCCUCAGCUCUCCUUCCCGCCGACAAAGUCUUCUCCAACUUGCAGACCUCCCGUCGGCAUCCUACAGUCGACGUCCACUCCCCGCUCACGCAGAAAGUAG